CGAAGGGUCGCAGUCGGCUCGAAAUUUCGGUGGUAUAAGAACCUAUCUCUCCGCUCGGUUGUUCAACGAACACGUUGCGUUCUCAUUCGUUAGAUUCACACGCGGAACGUUCCGUCCGCAUAAUUAUAUACAAAUACAUAAUCGAGUGUUCGUUCGAGAGGAGUGAACGUUCGAAAAGGAAAAGAAAAAUAAAGAAGAAGUGAUACAGUGAGUGAAUACAAUAUAGCGCGGGAUAAAAAGUGUGAAUAUGGAGAUUUCCUGGUUCCUGUUUUUCGUCUGGUGCACCACUCAGCUGGUUACUGGAUUCGACCUGGGGCCGGUCGUCAGGAUCGCUCAGUGUAGAUCCCAGUGUUUGAGGAAGCACACUUCCGAUGGAAUCUGCGAUUGGUAUUCCGAACAACAACAACAGACUACUUGCAGCAUGUGCUGGCAGUACUGCGAGGCCCUCGAGAACCGGUGGGAGAAGACAAGGACCAUUUGCGAGGGCGACCAGUAUCUACAUUGUCCAGCCUGUCAGACGGCCUGCACCUAUCGAAAAACCAGGAUAGAGGAGAAGUAUCUGCCAUCCAUGUUACCAGCUCCUAAGAAGGCGCCCCUCGAUCUCGACAAAUUCGACGUGGCCGUGGUGAUGCGCAAGCUGUACAAGCAGUGGAGAGUGGCCGGCUAUUAUCCGGGGGAGCGUACACCGAAUCUGAGACCGGACACGUGGAUCAUAGUCGCGAUGGAGAACGGGAUGAAGCACUACAGUUGGGAGGAAUGGGUUCCGAAAUUGGAAUCGCUGAAGGAGGGGCCUUUGUACGAGGCGAUCAUCUCCUGGAAGGACGUGCAGACCCAGCUUCAGAAACAGAGGUCCCAGCAACAGGUCAGAUUCAACAACCGAGUGAGACAAUUCUUCCUGGAGAAGUACGGAGAGAAAGUUCUGGCCGAGUGGAGGAGCCAGGAGGACUCGCAAAUCUCGGACGACAUAUUUCGAAGAUUCUUCUUCAGGAGGAAGGACGAUCGAUCGGAGGACGAUCUCGAGGCCGACAACGCCCCGUCGACGAGCAACGCUUACAACGACAGGAUCGAUUUGAAGGAUCGUUUGGAGGGCAAGGAAUCGUACGUGGUUUCGUGGGAGCCCGAGACAGGAGGUCUUAUGGGAAAUCAAGUGACCGACUCGAAUUGCGCGCAGAUUUCCCUCCUCCCUGGGACGAAAUAUCUCGUGAGGAUCGCCUCGAACGACGGUCCCGGUAGCUUCCCGAUCGAGGUAGACACGACGCCUAGUUUCGUCCAGGUUAAGAGGAUAAAGCCACCCAUUCAAGUAUUGUAUUUUUGGCAUAUAUACGCGGGUUUCGGUUGUACAGUCAUCUUCGUAACCGGUUUCAUGCUGGCCAAGAUAUACAAAAAGGAGAAGAUUGCUGCCGAAAACGUUUGAAGAUGAAUGCUUCUUCUUUUUUUUCCUUUUUUUUCUUUUUGCUACUGUGCACGAACGAGGUGUGGUGGGUCGAUGAAAACGGCGGCGACAACAUCGCGAGACAACUCAGGGAUAUGCUCUGACGGAGCGCGGAUGAUAUUUCUGGUGAAUCCGGAGAAGGGAAGGAGAUAGGAUGCGAAAAUUCCUGAAUUCGUUCGUAACGCGAUGCAAUCUUCGACGAUUGCGAGUAUGCAAUUUUUACCAACGAUGUAAAUUCCGUAGGUUUACGUUAGGUAUAGGUAUAUUGGAGUAAAUUUAAGUUACGCGGCUAUCUAUAAAACGUAAUAGUUUCUUAAGAGUGUUAAUCACCACGGUUUCAACCACUUCUGUAAAUUUCUAAACGUGGAAAUGUACAAAAGAUAUCUAGCUAUUUUUGUAUAUGUAAUAGGGUAUUAUUAAAUAACUCCUUGCUCAACACUGAAACGAACAGACUGCAAAAGAGUUCCUAUCAAACUGAAAAUGAAGAAGAAUAAGCGGCCGAUACGAGGCGCGCAUCACGCUGUAUUUAUUUGUAAAUAGUAGCUCGACAAACUUGUACAUAGUUCUUAAACUUAUAAAUAAAACUUACUUCUACCGAUAA